CGGGGGGCGGGUCACGUGCUUUUGUUUGGCGCUUUUGUGGAGCAGGCAGAGCAGUUAGGCGCGGAGUCCGUCUGUGGUGACGGGAGCAGGGCUCAUUUACUGGAGUAGCUGUAAUACUCUUUGGAUAUAUUCUGUUUAGCCAUGGCUUCUUCUGACAUUCAGGUGAAAGAACUAGAAAAGCGUGCUUCAGGUCAGGCAUUUGAAUUGAUACUGGGUCCCCCUCCAAAAGAAGCUGUUCCAGAAUUUCCUCUCUCUCCUCCAAAGAAAAAAGAUCUCUCAUUGGAAGAAAUUCAGAGGAAAUUAGAAGCUGCAGAAGAAAGACGCAAGUCCCAUGAAGCUGAAGUUUUGAAACAACUAGCUGAAAAGCGAGAGCAUGAAAAAGAGGUGCUGCAGAAGGCAAUUGAAGAAAAUAAUAACUUCAGCAAAAUGGCAGAGGAAAAGUUGACUCAUAAAAUGGAAGCCAACAAAGAGAACAGAGAAGCACAAAUGGCUGCUAAACUGGAACGCUUGAGAGAGAAAGAAAAGCAUAUUGAGGAAGUACGAAAGAACAAAGAAGGAGGCAAAGAACCUGGUGAGAAUGAAAGCGACUGACUUCAUUCUGGAAAUUAACUUCUCCCCUUUGUCUAAAUAUCCAAAGACUGUAUUGGCCAGUGUUUUUUUGUUAAGUUUCUAGAAACUGAUGUAGAGCUGUAUAGUUAGAACUGACUGUACACUUGAUUUGGGGAAUUAGAGGGGAGCCCUUUCAUGUUCACUCUUUUUCUAAACUGUUGUCUUUCCAGUGUAGCUAUCUUGUUGCAUUUCUUCUAUUCCAGUGCAUUUGUUCCUGGAUUGAUGGCUAGUGCUAUGUUCAGCUCUGACAUUUUUGUGAACUGAAUAUGUAGUGUAAUGUUCAUGCUGAAUCUGUUACACUUCAGAAUCUGUCAGUCUUAAGAUAUUACUGUAACCAAGUGAUUUAAUAAAGCUGCACAAUGCUGUUA